GACAUAUUUUUGCAAAGAAUUUUUUUAGAUGUAGUUUUUCAGUAAGCACUACAGCCAAACAUUUACCUCAGUUGUAUUAAGGUAACUUGACAAAUGAAACCAAAACUGUCAGCAUGAAUUGUGGUGAACAGGCUCUUCAGGUGAAAGGUCAGAGAUGUUGGUAACAGCAUGUACUUUAGUAUCAAAAUCAUUUUUUUUUUUUUUUUAAUGUGGAUUGGCUCUUGACAUUGAACAUAUAAAGAAAAAGAAUUCUUAAUAAUGGAUGGAAAAUUCAGAUUAAUUAAAUUUUGCCUGCUAAACUGUCAUGACCAGUCAAAAUGCCAUCUGAGUUUUUCUUGCUCAAACUUCAAGUCAUGUUUUCCAACUUUUCUUUUUGGAUUUGUAUUACAAUGAGUUCAAGCUGGUCCACAAAGGAAUAUUGUCCAGAAAGUAACUUUAUAUUUUGAUGAAAAUGUGACACAAUGUCUAACUCAUGCUUUUUGUGUUUUUGUUUAAAAAAAAAAAAAUAAUAAUAAAAUAAAAUUAUUUCAUUAUUUUGCUGCCACUUGUUUUACUCAGUUAUUGGGUUCAGUUUGAGGUCACUUGAGGCAUCCAUUCGUUUAGCUCAGCGUGCACCCCCUAGUGGCACCUGGGGGAUAUUACACAACCCUUGAGCAGAUACACUUAAGAAUCACUACUGCUGAUGACAUAAGGCCAGAGGAAGUCUGGUGAGGACACGGCCUGAUAAGUUUGCCCAGAACAGUAUAUACUGUAGUGUGAGGGUAUGGAUGAAUGCAAGCAGAAAUAGUGGAGAUAACAAAUGGAGUGGAAUAACAGUUUCCAUAAUUGGUCAUUUCUCUUUUGUGCCUUUCUUUGGGAGCCGUUACUGCAACUAUUAAGAGUGUUCACUCCUUAGAGACCACAAAGUAAAAAAUAGACUUGAAAUUAAAAUAAAGAUACAGUGAGAGAAGUUAACAGAAAAUUAAUGAAACAACAUUUUAUUUUUAUUCAUUUAAGAAAUUUAAUAAUUCAGUUUUCAUUGUUUUUGUGUUCAUGCAUAGAGAUAUUUCCUAAUGUUGAUUUAGAACCGUUUGACCACAUGUAGAGCGUCACAGCUCUACAUGUUUUGAGCAGAAGUGGGAAGACGUGUUGACUGAGUUAAAGGUUAACGUUUUUUCAAGUGUGUCUCAAGUUAUCAGUUGCUUUAAUCACUUCCUGUUCACAUCACCUGGGAGGACUUAGUUUUGUCUUUUUAACAUAACACUUAAUCAGAUUUUAAAGUCAAGGGGCUCUGUAAAGACCAGCUGUUGGUGUUUUAUUUUUUAUUAUUUUUAUGCUCAGUUCAGACUUGAGUCUUGAAUGUUUUUGUUGUCUGGCCAGUCAAGCCUGAAAGUCACAGAUAUUUGUCAAACAGGCUGCUUUCAUAGGUGACCAUCUGGAUACUGACUCAAAUUAUUGUCACAGGCAGACAUGGCUCCGUUGAGAAGAAUGAGAAUCCCUCUGGGUAUUAAAGGAUGACUGGGAUCAAGUACGUGGCUGGUCUGUGGACUCUGUGGUUCAUCACACAGACUGGAUGUGUUUGCAGCGACUUUGUGUUCUUUGAGAGACAAGAAGGGGAUUCUGUGGUUCUCCACUGUGUGUUUGAGCAGAGAGAACCUCCACCCUUCGGCGUGUACCUGAAACGCCGUUGGCUGCAUGCCAGCGAGGUGCUGUUCAUGCACACCAAAAGUGAAGUCAGCGUCCUUAAGGCUGAAUACCGAAACCGCAUCAGCGUGAGCGGGGACCCGAGCAGCCGUGCUCUCAAUGUGACCAUCUCCGAGCUGAGGGUCGAUGACACAGACCGCUACGACUGUGAGUUCAUGGUGGAAAACCCUUCCUCUGAAGACCUGCGACUGCCUGGAAAGACUGAAUUCUUCCUCCUUGUGAGGGGUGACACCCCUGGGUGGGAGAACAUAGGGUUGGUACAGACGUGUGCCGGGGGCUCGGCCACGCUCCCCUGUCUCCCCCCGAGCGGGGAAGGCUUGGCCGUGGACGGGGUGAGCCUGAAGCGGCAGAGGGGCCGGGCACCUGUGGAGGUGUUGUACCACUCAAAGCGUGACCUCGGCGGCGGCCCUCCCCCUUCGUCCUCCCAGUUCCCUGUGGAGAAAAUCCAGCUGUCAUCUGCGCCCGGCCCCGGCGGCAUCACCUACAACCUCACCCUGCAGCAGCUGCAGCUGGACGACAGCGGCCUGUACAGCUGCCAGCUUCUCCUGCGGGGCAGGCCUGACAGCACCACCAGUCUAGGGAAGCAGGUGUUUUUUCUUUCUGUGCAAGGAGGACAGUGUGGCUGUUCCAACUACUCUACUCUGCUGUAUGCUUUGUCUUCCGCUGUGGCUGUUCUCCUCAUCCUCCUCAUACUAGUGGUGAUUUACAGAGGCAAAUCUCGCCGCAGUGGGAAGUCACGCUCUCAGGCCCCCAUCUACGAGGAGAUGGCCGGGGUGCAGACCGCCAGGGGAAAACUGGCCUCUCAACAUCUGGAGGAAAUGCAGUUUUCUGAGUACAGAAACUGCCCUGUGAAGAAGUCCUGCCCUGAAAACCAUUACGAAAGCCCCACUGGGGCCCUGUACCCCAGGAGGGACUCUCGCAAAUGAAAUAUUGAAACUGCCCACCAGCACCGUGAACAAGACUAACUUUACUCGGCUGCCUGAACCUCAGUGGACUCCUGCUAAUACUUUUCUUCAGCAGAUUUCAACAGCUAAGUUUCUUCUGAUACAGUUUGUUCUUAUCUCCUGUAUCUUGGCCUUGCAAUAGUUUGAAAGAGUGUUUGCAUUUCAUUUACGUUUUCUUAAGAACCUGGGUGAUAUGGAUAUGGAUGUUUUUCCCAUUUUUCUUGAAAAUUAAGAAGUCUUUCAUGUCAUCAUGAAGUCAUCUUGUGUCCUUGCACCCUUAACAAACAAGUUAAAUGCAUUUUUCUUCCUCAUAAAACGCCCAGAGCAGAUUUUUGGGGGAAAAUUUGAAACUUAUAUUAAGGUGCCAGUUUAUUAGAUUUAGUUUUUAUGCUACAUUGCAAUAAAUCCUCCCUUCAUGAAGGUUGUAAUGUUCAGUGUUUUGUUGAAACUGAUUUAGAAACUCAAUGAUUCAACAUCAUUAACACUUUGGAGGUCGCUUGUGGUGCUGUGAUAUAAAUGGGAUGGACAAUAUUGUAUAACAGAAACACCUGUCAGUAUAAUACAGCGGAAAUCAUCAGCACAAUUAACUGCAUUAUUUAAAAUGCAGUGAUAAAAAAAAUGGAGCAUUGUAACCUUCAUGAUUUAUAACAGAAGUGGUGUAUUAUGAGUACAUUAGUUCUAGCUAGGUGUCCCUAAUUAUAGUAUGGUGAAUGUGUUUUAUAACGGGGCAUUUAAAGUUUAGAUACUUGGGAAAUACGGGACCAACUGUGAUAUACACAACAUAAUAAACUAGCAACUGAGUGAAGCCUACAUUGUUUGACCCAUGCUUGUUAGCAGGCUGCUUCUUCCCUGCAUGUCAACAGAUUUUGUAGCUGUUCUGAACGGCCAGACUCAAAGGAGGGAUGAGAAGGAGGCGCACGAAGGAUGGGGGGUAAAGGUGCUGUCUCUCUGUCUUUCCUGGAAGACAAUCAUAGUGUUGCACUUGUUAUAGAAGUAUUUCUGACAAAGUAUAAUAGUGCCUUAAAAAGAAAACAAAUAAAAACAUGUCAAGAGUUUAAAAACUUCAGUGUGUCUUAAGUAAUUUAUCACACUGAUGCUAGUUCCUGUUUACUGAUUUGCAAUCUUGCACACAAUGAGCAUAACCAGUGAAAAUACACAGAAAGGAAAUCACAUCACCCGCCUGUAAUAUACAGCAUGUAUGACUGAAGCACUUUAAAAAAGGGCAACAAGACACACAUUAACAGCCAAGAAAAUUUGUAUUUUAUUAAUAUAGUCGGAAAGAAGCUCCAUAAUCCAUGGAAACAUUUUUUUUCCGGUGCAUGUCCUUAACAAUCACAUUCUAUGAGGAGAAAAAAGAACAACAUUAAAAGCCACAACUUUGUAUUUCAGUUACAGACAUUUUUCAUUUUCCAUGUUUUUUUUUUUCUUUUUUCCAAAGUAAAGAGAAAGGCAAAGGCAAAGUACCCCCAUUCCCCCACCCGCCCUCCUCCCCUUAAAAAACAGACAGCCUUAAAAGUCAUGGGCUUUUUUUUCAGUACAACCCACAGUGCUUUAGCAGAAGGAUAAGCGCUCAUUGGUUAAGGAUUACACAGCAUGGCGACGCAAAGUUUUGCAAAAACAUUAAAUGAAGAUGAUGAUGUUGAGGAGGAGGGGGGGAGAGAGAGAGAGAGAAAGUAGAGUGGAGGAAAUUUGAGCAACAGACAAAACAAGAAGAACCCUACAUCAAACCCUGACCCCCCCUCCCCCAAGUGAGUCGACAAACACCCGCAGUACAGCAGCUGGGCCUGGACUCUUCCCUCCCACUAUGUGCAUAGAUCAUGAUCCUUUAAAAACCAGCUUUAGUCCUCCACUUCAACCUGCCUCUGAAAACCCAUCCGAUACAUGAAAUCUCUCAACUACUGAAUACCUGUCACAGGAACACACAUGUUAACAGGCAGGAGAGAUGAUUAAAAACAAACAAACAAACAAACAAACAAAAACUUCUUGCACGACGCUCCUGAACUACAGUAUGGAGAAAUAAAGAACAAACUCAAAACAAACAAAUGCAUCUUCUGUCACUGUCUUUUUGAUAUUCAAACCAUUGAUCGUUGUUUAAAUGUAAAGCAAUUUCUACUUAGAUUUCACAUGUAAAGCACUCCACUUUUUUCAAAGUUGAUUCUCAGUCUUAUUUGGUAAAUAUAUAACUUGCUACAAAUUUUUUUGUUGUUGUUUCAAAGAAACAAUGGUAGUCUCUAUACUCUGUUAAACACAUAACCUUCAGUGCUUGCUUGGAGUUUAAUUGUUUUCAGUUGCCUUUUUUUUUCUUUUUUUUUUUUUUAAAUU